AUGUCAUCUCUCAGCAACAACUCCUUCAUUCAGCCCUCCGAAUUCCACCUCAUGUGCCUCCCUGGGACCCGGAGCCAUCAGCUCGGGCUCUCUGUGAUUCUGGCCCUGCUCUUAAUCGUGGCCCUGGGAGCCAACACUUUGCUCCUGCUGACCGUCUGGCUGGAGGAGUCUCUGCACCAGCCCCUGUACUACCUCCUCAGCCUCCUCUCCCUCCUGGACCUCAUUCUCUGUCUCACUGUCAUCCCCAAGGUCUUGGCCAUCUUCUGGUUGGGCUGGUGGUCCAUCAGCUUUGCAGGCUGCUUCUUGCAGAUGCUCAUCAUGAACAGCUUACUGCUCAUGGAGUCCUCUACCUUCUUGGUCAUGGCCUAUGACCGCUACGUGGCUAUCUGCCACCCACUGCGGUACCCAUCCAUCGUCACUGACCGUUUUGUGGCUAAGGCGGCCGUCUUCAUCGUGGCUUGCAACUUCCUGCUCCUGGCUCCUGUCCCCAUCCUCUCUGCCCGGCUACACUACUGCGGGAACACCACCAUAAGGAACUGUAUUUGUGCCAACCUUUCUGUGUCGAAACUGUCCUGUGGAAAUAUUACCCUCAACAAACUCUACCAGUUUGUGGUGGUUUGGACUCUGAUGGGCUCGGACCUGGGCCUCAUCACCCUCUCCUAUGCCUUCAUCCUGCGUGCCGUGCUGCGUCUGAAGGCCGAGGGGGCAGCGGCCAAGGCCUUGAGCACCUGCGGGUCCCAUCUCAUCCUCAUCCUUUUCUUCAGCACCAUCCUGCUGGUCCUGAUCCUCACUAAUGUGAUCAAGAAGAGAGUCCAUGCCAACAUCCCUGUCCUCCUCAAUGUCCUGCACCAUGUCAUCCCUGCUGCCCUGAACCCUAUUGUCUACGGGUUGCGGACCAAGGAGAUCAAGGAGGGGAUCCACAGGGUCUUGAGGAAGAUUGACUUUCCAAAACCAAACAUGUAUGUCCACACUGCUAGAAACAUCACCAGGAAUGUCAUCAGGUCCAGUGUUGGGGAGAUAGUGAGUGACAGGGUUCCUGCAACUCCCUCUAUGCCUCCACUCCCAUCUCCCCAUCACCCAGAGGCUCCUACAUUCACCAAGAUGGGCACCACAGGGAGGCACCCAGAGGGCCAGGGGUAUAGGCAGCAACAAGAGACCAGCAUGCAUCAGUGA